AUGCGCCUCCCUUAUGUGCACAACCCUCCGCCGACGACCACGCCCGAGGAGCAAGCAAUUGUUGAGCGUAUAGCGGCUCGCCGUGCUCCUCGCCCGCUGCAGGCCCUGGACCUCACCCUGCUGCACUCGCCGCCCGUUGCCGACGGCUGGAAUGCAUUCCUCGGCGCAAUCCGGACCCGUACUGACGCCGUACCCGACGACGCCCGCGAGCUGGCCAUCACUCGCGUUGCUGCCAUCAAUCGCGCUUGGUACGAAUGGGCUCACCACGCGCCUCUCGCCGUUGCCGCCGGCAUCAGCCAGGCCAUCGUCGACGGUGUCGUGCGCGAGGUUGCAGGGCCGCUGGACCUCGCUGCGUCCGCCGAGGCCAAGGGCGGUCUGGACCAGAGGCUUUGGACAGUGCUAUGCUUGGCCGACGAGAUGACAAGGAAUGUAGAGGUUAGCGAUGCGACGUUCGAUGCCGUGAGAGGGCUGUUGGGCGAGAGGGGGACCGUGGAACUCGUGGCGACGAUCGCGGCUUAUAACUGCGUGAGCCGCUUCCUGGUGGCUUUGAAUGUUGGAGAGAGGAACGGGACAGGGCCUAGUGGGCCCAUCGACUUUUGA